AAAAAAACAAAGCACAAUUAAUUUUGUUUUAAAUACUUUUGAAACUGCUCGUUGGCGGCUACGUUACUUAAGAAUUAUUAGAAUUUUAACUUUCUGUUAAUUUUAUUUUAUUUAUAUAGACAUUCCCGGCAUUCCUGCUGUGGGAGUUUGUUAGAAUUGUUAGGUUAGACAAAGGGCUACUUGUGUUGACUGGCGAGUACAUACAAACAACGAAGUGAUGGAUGUGACGCACGCGUGUCGCUGCUGCCUGCGGCGUGCUCCGGACAAGGACCUGACGACGCCGUACACACAUCUCGGCAUAACGGAGAUAUAUGCCGACAUGAUCAAAGAGUGCUUUGACAUAAAUAUGAUACUGGGCGGCUCGGGCUCGUGCGGCAUCUGUACUACGUGUGUGUGCCGCCUGCGAGACGCGACCAACUUCAAGCUGCAAGUGUUACGCAGCCAGGCGGAGCUGCAGGCGCGGCUGCAGGGAGAGAGCAGCAAAGAGGAAGAAUGUGCAGUUGAGCCAGAAUAUCCAGAAAUGCAGGAUGAAGACGGGACCAGUGAGCCUGUAUCAGGUGAAGAGCCCCCGGUCAAGCUAGAGACGCUAGAUGCGUGGGUGGAUGAGACACCCGAUGAUAUAUUGCAUGACAUGCUCCGGUUAAACAUGGCGGCCGGAGACGGGGCGAGCGACGAGGGUGACCCGCUGUCGGUGGAGGAGCGGGCAGUCAAGUCGGAGGUGUCGGACGCGGCGAGUGACGAGGACUGCGUGUCGGUGUGUUCGGACGGCAGCGCCGCCCGCGCCAGGGAACAGCUCGCGAUGGCUUGUUCCGUGGUGCUCGAGCGCCUCCGCGACGGCGCGACUGUUCACAGUGGCGGCAAACCAUACGGCUGCGAACACUGUGGCAAGCGUUUCACAAACAAGUGCAUUUUAAGGAAACACAUAAAACUCACGCACUUGUCAACCGGACCAAAUCCAUUUGAAUGCGAUUUUUGUAAUUCUACGUUUCAAACCGAAUUGCUUGUGAUAGAACACGAGAAAAGCGAACAUGGUGUUUCAAAUUUCAUGUGUGCUGAAUGUGAGUAUACAACGAGUUCCAAGAAAACUUUGGAGACUCAUUUAAAGAGUCACUCAGUUAAGAAUAAUUUUAAUUGUAGUCACUGUAGUUACACGAGCUCGUGUAAAAGUGAUUUACACAAACACCAAACAAUACACAUGGCUGGAAAACCUUUUGAGUGUAACGACUGCGAUUUACAGUCCAAUCAGAAAUCAAAAUUACGAAGACACCGGAAGAUACAUAUCGUUGAGAAGCCAUUUACAUGUAGCUAUUGUAAUAAAAAGAUCAGUCAGAUAUCACAUUUAAAACGACACCAGAUGUUACACACUGGGACAAAGCCAUAUAAAUGUAGUAAUUGCGAAUACAAGUGUAGUCGGAAAGAUGUCUUGCUAUUACACCAGAGAAUACACACCGGCGAAAAGCCGUACACAUGUAGUCAUUGCGAAUACAAGUCCAGAGAUAGUUCAACUUUACGCAAACACGAAAAGACACAUACUGGUGAGAAGCCUUUUCAGUGUAGCCACUGUGAUUACAAAUGUAAUCACAAAUCAUACUUAAAAAUACACCAGAGGAUACACACUGGUGAAAAGCCGUACAAAUGUAGUCAUUGCGACUACAAGUGCAGUUAUAAGACAAGCUUACGAAAUCACGAAAGGACACAUACUGGCGAGAAGCCUUUUCAGUGUAGCCACUGUGAUUUCAAAAGCAGUCUGAAAUCAAAUUUGAAAGUACACCAGGCUAUACAUACUGGGGAGAAGCCAUUUCAAUGUAGUCAUUGCGACUACAAGUGCGGUUACAGUUCAAGCUUACGACUUCACGAAAUGACACAUACUGGCGAGAAGCCUUUUCAGUGUAGCCACUGUGAUUACAAGUGCAGGAAUAAAUCACAUUUAAAAAGACACCAGAGGAUACACACUGGAGGAAAGCAUUUCAAAUGUAAGUAGUGAUCGUGAUUACAAUAUGGUGAUA